AUGAGAGCGAUCUUUGCGGCGCGUUGGAGUUUUCAACGCACCCUAGUAACUAGAAUCAUUCCGGAUCCGUGGGCGCUCCCGCCUUGCCCGAGCACGUUCCCAGCGUACGAGCCCAAGCCGUUCUUUCGCUUCGAGAUCAUCCACCGCUCGCGACGGUCCAGCGCUCGCAUAGGUCGCCUCCAUACGCCACAUGGAACCGUGGAGACGCCAGCUUUUGUAGCGGUCGGUACCAAUGCCGCUUUGAAGAUGGUCGACCAGCGCAGAGCAGACGAGGCUGGGCUGGAGCUACUCUUCUGCAACACCUAUCAUCUGCUGCUGCAACCCGGACCUGAAAUCGUCACACAGGCUGGAGGUUUGCAUCGCUUCAUGCAGCGCUCACGUCCUAUAAUGACUGACUCUGGCGGCUUCCAGGUUUUUUCUUUGGCACACGGAUCUGUCUUCGAUGAGUUGAACAUGAAAACGAGAAAGCGCGGGUCACCGAACCUCUUGCUCGCGGUAUCCGAGAAUGGCCCGGUGUUCCGAUCAUACCGCGAUGGGCGGAAGAUUGAGCUCACUCCAGAGAAAUCCGUCCAAGCUCAGAAAAUGUUGGGCGCCGACAUUAUCAUUCCUCUGGACGAGCUCCCUCCAUAUCACAUCGAUCGAGACGCCUUGUACCAAUCCGUCUUGCUCUCCCAUCGCUGGGAAGCGCGUUCCUUGCGGGAGCACCUGCAUGACAUGCGCCAACAAGCGAUGUAUGCCGUCAUCCACGGUGGGAUCGAUCUGGAGCUGCGGCGAAAAUCUGUCGAGUAUCUGACGGCUCUACCUUUUGACGGCAUUGCCAUAGGCGGCAGCCUGGGCAAAGAUCGCGAGGAGCUCCUGGCCCUGCUCGCAUUCCUGGACACCCUGCUGCCGAAGGAUCGUCCGGUCCACUUGCUAGGCAUCGCGGAUGAGGAGAGUAUCCGACGUGCGGUUCCGUACGGCAUCGAUACCUUUGAUUCUUGUUACCCUACACGAGCGGGUCGGCAUGGAACGUUGCUCACUCGACAACACGGCCGCAUCCAGAUCAAAAGCCGCAAAUGGGAGCGCGUCUUUGAGCCGGUCGACACCACUUGUGAAGGUUUCGUGAGUCAAAACCAUACCUUAGCUUACUUGCAUCAUCUUUGGCGCGCUCAUGAGCCGCUAGCAGCAGCCCUGUUGACUUUACACAACAUCAAGUACAUGUGUGACGUCAUGCGCGAAAUCCGGACGCGGAUUCUCGCCGACGAGCUCUAA